UUAGCACUAUUAUAAUAAAUAAAUUGUCGGUGGGCGUAUAAAAACAAAAUAAAAAGAGAGAGAAAGAGAGAAAGGACAUUAUAACCUUAUAUAUCCCUCACCCUGAACCUUUUCUUCUUUUCUUCUCCCUCACAAUAGAUAUGAACUAAUCUGCUACUCUCUCUUAUCUGGCAAUUGAAUAUGACCCGUCACUACAUACACAUGCCUUCUAUUUUUACUACUCUUUCUUCCAUCAAACCCCACAACCGCAAACUGCAACUGCUGUACAACGACAUGUCGUUUCAACCUAUCAACACCCUUCACAAUUACUCCACCUCCGCCUCACCACCACCAAAAACGCCACCGCCAUCCUCAGAAUAUUCAAUUCAUCCGCCCUUUGACUCUUCUAUGGCCUUAACUGUUCUAGUCCUCUUAACGGCUUUUUUCUUUAUGGGCUUCUUCUCCGUCUACCUCCGACGGUUAGGCCGUCCAACGCCUCCACGCCGUAGCCAGCCAAACGCCUUCAGCGACAGUCAAUUAAGCACAGUGGCAGUGGCAGUGGCAGUGGCAACUUCACGUAAAGGACUGGACGCAGAAAUUAUUAAGUCACUGCCGGUGUAUGCUUAUUACCAAGGGGAUACGAAAUACCAGACUGAGUGUCCGAUUUGCUUAGGUGAGUUUGAGGAGAAAGAGAUGCUUAAAAUGAUACCAUACUGUAAGCAUGUGUUUCACUUGGAGUGUAUUGACACGUGGCUCAAAAUGCACGUGAAUUGUCCUGUUUGUAGAGGGACCCAGUUUUUUGACAUAAGUAAGGGAAAGGCCAGCAGCGGCGGUUGCCGUGGUAGUUUGGACGGGGUUGAUGACCACGUUGCGAACCAACAAGAUGGAAGAUCGACGAUGGAGAUUAGUGCAACAUGCAUACAAGUGGGGACCACUUGGUAGCAUAAUAGCAUUAGGUGUUCGAGUUUUAGAAGGAGAGAAUUUGUAAGAACAUCAGGUAAAUGAUACGUGUGAUUUGGCGCGUGUAAAUAUGUGAAUAUUUAUUCUCUUGAUUUUUAUUUUUAUUUUUUUUUUUUGUUUUUUUCAAUUAAUAUGUACUUAUUAUUAGACAAUUACUUUUGUGAUAGUGAUGGUUUAAUGUUGUAGAUGAAUCCUUGAUUA